GAUUUUGCUUUUUCAAACCCCAAGCUGAGCUCAAAUGUUUAGUUUCUUUUACACGCCACAAACAAAUCCACUUCAGUACGGUUUGUGUAGCGUUCGCAGUAAUUGCAAUCGUAGAAAAUUUGUCUUUAGAUUUCUAUGCAUGUGCAGUGCCAGUGCGGUAAAAUCGAGAGUGACAAUUUUGCAUAUAAAAAACGAAUAAGCUAUGGAAUACUAAAAACAAAAGGAGUGCAAUAAGAAAAGAAAAAAAAAAACAACAAAAUAAAAUUUUGAAGAAAAUAUUUUUUAAGAAAAAUUCAAAAAUAAGUGAAAGAGAAAGCUAUAAUGAUUUGGAAAUAUGCGGUGGUAUCAUUGAUAUUCGCUCAAUAUUUGUUGACGGUAUCGGCAUUUGGUAGUCCAGCCAUAGAGCCGGAUACAAGUGACCAAUGGAUCUGUACGUCUACGGAACUCUGCCAGCUAGAUGAUGCCGCAAAUAUUGGCGAUGCCAAGCGCUAUGAGAGUCAACAUGAUUGUCGUAUGUCAUGCGGUAAAUAUGGUGCCAUAUGGCCGAUGCCAACGGGAAGUUGUUCUCUCGCACAGGAGCGCAUACAUUUCGAUCCGUGGAAAGUGCGAUUUAAUGUCGUCGCUCCCAGUCCAGCCUCAACACAAUUUAUACGUGAAACCAAUCGUAUCUUUGUCAGCAAUAUUAUCAAGGAAUGCUUACGAAAUUGCACCCUGGAGCAGAGUAAAGAGGUGUUGGUGAAGGCAACAGUAAAUUCAUCGGAUUUAACGUUAGAUUGGUCAACAGAUGAAUCGUAUCAGUUGGUGAUAAGAACAACAGGCACUGCCACUUUUGUGGAUAUCAAAGCCCCAACUGUAUAUGGCGCCCGACAUGCCUUCGAAACGUUGAGCAACCUCAUAACUGGUUGCAAAGAUAAUGGCCUUCUUAUGGUAAGCUCCGCUAGAGUCACCGAUCGUCCCAUAUAUCCCCAUAGAGGUGUGCUCUUGGAUACGGCAAGAAACUUUAUGCCAUUGAAACAGAUACGCAAUACUAUCGAUGCCAUGGCUGCAUCGAAGAUGAAUGUUUUCCAUUGGCAUGUGGUAGAUACGCAUAGUUUCCCCUUGGAAAUUACAAGGGUGCCGGAAAUGCAAAGAUUUGGAGCCUAUGGAGCUGGUAAUACUUAUUCCCGUAUCGAAACCUCAAACAUGAUAAAAUAUGCCCGCCUGCGUGGCAUACGUGUCCUCAUCGAAAUCGAUGGUCCCUCACAUGCUGGCAACGGUUGGCAAUGGGGUCCCAUGGCCGGCAUGGGCAAUAUGGCGGUUUGCAUCAAUCAAAAACCCUGGAGAAAUUAUUGUAUUCAACCCCCCUGUGGCCAAUUGAAUCCGCUCAACUCCAAUAUGUAUUCGAUAAUGAAGGAAAUCUAUGAAGACCUAGCUGAGGUCGGACCCCCCGAAGAAACCAUACACAUGGGUGGUGAUGAGGUUUACAUAUCCUGUUGGAACAAUACCCAAGAGAUAACAAAGAAAAUGCGUGAAAUGGGUUAUGAUUUGUCGCUGGAUAGUUUCUACAAAUUAUGGUCACAAUUCCAUGAGAAAAAUCUCGAAUCCUGGGAUGAGGUUAAUCAACGUCAAUAUCCACAUUUAAAGGUACCCAAAUCGACAAUUGUGUGGUCAAGCCAUUUGACAGAUCCUGAACAUAUUGAAAAAUAUUUACCCAAAGAAAGAUUUAUAAUUCAGACAUGGGUAUCGGCUGAUGAUCCAUUGAACCCGGUAUUGUUGCGUAAAGGUUAUAGGGUGAUUGUAUCGACCAAGGAUGCCUGGUAUUUGGAUCACGGCUUCUGGGGCAGAACGCAAUACUACAACUGGGCCAAGGUCUAUAAUAAUAAAAUGGAAAAUAAUUCGAAUAUUUUGGGUGGUGAGGUGUGCAUUUGGAGCGAAUAUGUUGAUCAAAAUUCUGUGGAGGCCCGUAUUUGGCCACGAGCUGGAGCUGCGGCUGAACGUUUAUGGUCCAAUCCCAAAACAAAUUCCCUACAGGCACAAUAUCGAUUCUAUCGCUACAGAGAUCGCCUGAUAUCUCGAGGCAUACGGCCCGAUGCUGUUGUGCCCAAAUGGUGUAUACUCAAUGAGGGCCAUUGCUUUUAAAAACCACCGAGAUAAGGUGUUUGGGUUUGUGCGUCCGGUUCAUGGGGAGAUGGAUUUGUUUAUAAAUAAUCUUAAGACUUGAUCUUUAAAAGAUCUAUUUGACUUUAAGUGCCUUGUUUUUGAGAAUAAGCCAAAUAUUUUACUAUACUAAUAAUAAAAAUAAAAUUUUACUAUAUUUAUUGCAUUUGAUAAAAAUCCAAAGAUUUGAAUAAAAUUUGUCCAUUGAAAAAUAAAAUUAUUUCUAUAAAUUCGAAAUUAUUUAAGAUAACCCU